ACUAAAGAAAUAACUCUUAUGAUAUAUAACAUUUUUUAGCCCAUGUUCUUUACUCAUUUAGGAGAAAGAUAAAAACAAAAAAAAUCCCACACAUGAUAAGAUCUAAAACAAGACAAAACGAUGAUACAAAUAGUAUACACAGUAUUAAAAUUUAAAAAGAAAAUGAAAAGAGAAGAGAACCCACAAGGCCACGAGAAAGCAAAUGGUGAUGCGACCGUUCCCUUGGCCUGUCAAAUAUAUCGUAACUAUAACCCGACCCGGUUUCAGCUGUCUUCAUCCAAUCACUAAAUACCACGUAAUCUACUUCCAGCACACGUAAGCAAUCUCCGUCACCGUGUAGACAACAUUGGGCCCUCGCUGCCGUCUCUUAACUAGACCAAUUUUCAUGUACACACCGUUAAAAAACUCACGGUAUUUUCUUGUUUCUUUUAUCUGUUAGCGCCGUUAUAAAUUUGUCUCUCCUCCACGUAUAAAUACCCAGAGAUGCUCUUGUCUCCACUCUUGCUCUUGGUCAUAAUUUAUAGUGAGAAAUCAAAAUGUCGGAGCUCCGUUUCAGUUCUCGUUUGAUUCAUUAACCCGAAUUCUCCGCCCGUUUUUGUUUGAUACUGGAGGAGGCUAGAAGUGGUUUGGUUUGGAGUUUGUCUUGUUCAGUGUGAGUUCGUGAGAGCGGAGAUUUGAUUCGACUUCGCUGCGAAGAAGACAUUUCAGCUAUCUAUAGGCUUAGGCACAGAACACACCCCACUCGUGCCGGCUAUCAAAAUAAGACCAAAUCUUAAAAGCGGAAACAAAAGCAGAGCUACUAUAAUCAAAUUCAGAUAUCGAUAACAAAGGGCUGUAAAGGCAAAGAGAACACACAGGAAAAAAGAGGCAAAGAUGUUUACUUGCAUAGCUUGUACGAAAGCAGACGGUGGUGAAGAACUCGGAGCGCGUGGAGGCACUACUCCCAAUACUAAAGAAUCCGUCAAAAGCUUAACCACACAGAUUAAAGAUAUGGCUAUGAAAUUCUCUGGUGCUUAUAAACAAUGCAAGCCAUGCACUGGUUCCCCUCGCAGCCCCAUGAAGAAAGGACAUAGACCGUUCUCAGAUUUUGACAAUGCUUCUGAAGGUGUUCCCUACCCUUACAUGGGUGGAAGUGCCGGUUCAACUCCUGCUUGGGACUUCAUAAACUCCUCUCACCAUCCAGCAGGGGCAAAGUUCACUUCAAUCUAUGGAAACGACCGGGAAUCUAUCUCUGCUCAGUCUUGUGAUGUGGUACUAGAUGAUGAAGGGCCUAAAGAGUGGAUGGCUCAAGUAGAACCAGGCGUGCAUAUCACAUUUGCUUCUCUCCCCAGUGGAGGAAAUGAUCUUAAACGGAUCCGCUUUAGCCGGGAGACAUUCGACAAGUGGCAGGCUCAACGGUGGUGGGGUGAAAACUAUGAAAAAAUCGUUGAGCUUUACAACGUACAGAGAUUUAAUCGUCAAGCUCUUCAAACGCCGGCAAGAUCCGAUGACCAGUCAGAGAGAGAUUCAACUUACUCCAAGAUGGAAUCAGCGAGAGAGAGCAAAGACUGGACUCCAAGACACAACUUCAGACCUCCAGGAGUUAAUGUCCCUCAUCACUUCUAUGGUCGCUCUAGCAACUAUGGUCAUCAUGGAGUACCUACAAUGGAUGCAGCACAAACAACCACCUUUUCAAGAGAUGAACCACCGUCAGUGAGCAACGCUAGUGAAAUGCAGGCCGAGUGGAUCGAAGAGGAUGAGACUGGCGUUUACAUUACCAUCAGACAACAAGCAGAGGGGACUAGAGAGCUACGUCGGAUCAGAUUCAGCCGGGAACGGUUUGGGGAAGUGCAUGCAAAGACGUGGUGGGAGCAGAACAGAGAGAGAAUACAAACUCAAUACCUCUAGCAAUAUAGAAAUACGAGUCUCUUCAAAAUCUUUAGUUAAUUAACCUCUUCAACACAUCAACUCAUAUAUACACAUUUUGCUAAUGUUAACGGUUGAUGAUGGUUAAUAUGUAAUCAGCGACGAUGAAUCAAAGCACUUGAUUUAUGUAUAGAUCUUAAGCUACAGAAAUUUUCUUUUUGAACA